AUGGCUGAACACUUGAAAAAGCCCUUCAAAGACAGUCUGAGUGAUAUAAAAGAACGAAUGAAAGAGAAAAGAAAUCAGAAGUGGUCCAGGUUGGGUAAAAUUAGCCAGACAUCUACUAUCAAGCCCAAAAUACCAACCAACAGCUCCAAGCAAAUGAAGAGUAUCCAAGCAAACAACAGAGCUCUCGCUCUGGCUUUGCAAGAAGAAAAGCUCAAACUGAGGGACGCCCAGGCUAUUAUCCUUCAUUUAAGGAAAGACUAUCAAGAUCUGAAGCUUCAGAUGCUUGAUUUGCAGCGAAAUCUUAAGUUCAAGCAAGCACAGGGACUUGAGAAUCAGCAGUCGGCCUUGAAUGAAAUCAUUUCAAAAGUUUCUCAGAACUUACUGGACUCUCUUAAUCUCCUUGGCCCAGCACUGACUUUGUGUUCCAUGGGGGCAAACCAGAGAGUGUCAUCAUCCCUUCCUGGAAAUAUUUCCAGUGUCACAGGACAAAUUCACUCAGUAGCAUCUCCACAGUCUGCUGAUGGAGAUGGUCAAGUCCUUCCACGUGGGAUGGAGACUGAUAGUGCCAGAAAUGAGCUGGCUCAGCCUUUGUCAGGGCUCUGUGAGGAAUCAGACAAUGCCAUUUGCUUAAUCAAAGAAAUUCUUCCCCAUGAGGGGCAACCCUCCAAUUUGCAUCUGAAGCAGCCAGGGGCAGAGCUGGGAAGUGUCUCUUCAGGUGGAGAGGAUGGGUUCACUGAUGUGUUACCAAGAAGCGUGUCCACCAGGCGUCACUUUCCAAAGAUGAGAAACCAGGAUGAAGUCUGCAGGGGUGUCUGGAGCCUUUCAGAAGCACCUGAUUCAACACAAGAGCCUUCUAAACACCGUGAAAUGAGACAUGAGGAGAAUCUAGAGAUGUGUACUGUAGAGAACAUAAACUCAUCUGUUUCUCCAUUCAGUGAAAACAAGGGAGGCUCAGAGAUGGUUUUGAGGCAGAGAGUUUCUGAAACUCCACAGCUCCACUUGAAAAAUAACUCGGAGCUUAAACACCGUGAAUGUAAAGGCAGAGGAGACUCUCACGUUAGGAAAGACAAGCCUCAGGAGCGACUGGAGCGGCCUAGAAGUAUUUCCAGGCAAAGACCAAAAAGAAGACAGAGUAAAGAGACUUGCAAAGAGAAGUCCGAUUUCUUGGGCGAUGCGUACGACUUCGGCUCGGAGGAGCGCGUCCACCUUACACCCUUCCGACAGAAUAAGGGGGAUGACACAGAGGCUGCCCUGGAUGACAAAGAAAACUUAUCUGAACCUAACACCACCGAGUCAAGUGAGAUUGAAGAAGAUUCAGAUGAUAGCCUGUAUGAGCCUUACAAGAACAAAUCAAAGAAGAGGAAAAGUUCAGUGGGCAAGGAAGACACAUCACCAGUUCAUCCAAGGCCCCGGUCUAAAAGGUGUUUGGCGCAGCGUGAGCUGAAGCUCAACAGUGAAAAGGAAACCGACAGCAAUGACUCCAGUGACAAGGCUACUAGGCAGCCUCCUGAGCCUUCUCAUGGUCAUCUUUGUGACGUUACCAAUACCACUUCCUUGCUCCCUGGCACUGGGAGUGCACUGCGAUCGCCAAAACGCAAGCGAAGCUGUACUCUCACUGUGAACUACAAAGAGCCAAGUAUUGUAGGGAAGCUCAGAAGAGGAGAUCCCUUUACAGAUACAAACUUCCUGAAUUCUCCAAUUUUCAAGCAGAAGAAAGAUGCUAAACGUUCUUCCCUGAGGAAAGGCUCCUUGUCCAAAUACAAUGAGAAAUUUGUUGGCUGCCAUUGA